AGCUGAUUCCAGUGCAGACAUGCAGUUACAUCCAAAGAGGAAACAUGAAUAUUUUCAACCUGAGCAUUCUACUAAGCCUGGCAGUUGCAGUUUACUGUGUGCCAGUAUCAGAAGUUACUGUGCAAGAUGAAAACUUUGCAGAGAGCUACCUGAAGAAAUUCUUCAACCUCACAGAUGAGACCGGUCCAACUGUCAGAAGGGGGAUCAGCCCAGUGAGCAGGAAGCUGGCUGAGAUGCAGAGAUUCUUUGGCCUCAAGAUCACUGGGGCACUGGAUGCUGAAACCAUGGCCAUGAUGAAGAAACCCCGCUGUGGCGUUCCAGACACCAAGAUUGCCGAUUUCUCCACAUUUGGAAACAACCUCAAGUGGAAGAAAAACAGCCUUACCUACAGGAUUGAGAACUACACACCUGACAUGUCUGCGUCAGAGGUGGACGACUCCAUUGAGAAAGCGCUGCAGGUUUGGGCCAAAGUCACUCCUCUGAGGUUCACAAGACUCUACAGUGGCACCGCUGACAUCAUGAUCUCAUUUGGUCGUGGAUCACAUGGAGAUUAUUACCCCUUCGAUGGUCCUGAUGGCACUCUUGCUCAUGCCUUUGCUCCAUCUCCUGGUAUUGGAGGAGACGCUCAUUUUGAUGAAGAUGAGAACUUCACUUUCCGCUCCAACAGAGGCUACGUCCUCUUCAUGGUAGCUGCCCAUGAGUUUGGCCACUCUCUGGGCUUGUCUCAUUCUGAUGAUCCUGGUGCUCUCAUGUACCCCGUGUACACCUACAGAAACCCUGACACCUUCAUUCUGCCCCGGGAUGAUGUCAGAGGCAUCCAGUCUCUCUAUGGUCCAAACCCUGAAAUAGAUCCUCAGCAGCCUAAACCCACAGCCCCCACCACCCCUGAUGCUUGUGAUUCAACCAUGGUCUUGGAUGCUGUCACCACCCUGCGAGGAGAGAUGUUCUUCUUCAAGGACAGCUUCUUCUGGCGUAGCAACCCUCAGAGCAGUUCAGCUCAGCAGUAUCUCAUCACAAGCUUCUGGCCCAGCGCCCCUACCAAUAUUGAUGCUGCCUAUGAGAGCAGACAGUCAGACAGAGUCUACCUCUUUAAAAACCGCAAAGUGUGGGCCUUCAGUGGCUAUAAUGCAGUACCAGGCUAUCCUAAAAAACUCACCAGUUUUGGUCUGCCAAGACACGUGAGGAAAAUCGAUGCUGCCCUCUAUGAUGUACAGACUCGCAAAUCUCUGUUCUUUGUAGGCAGCUAUUACUUCAGUUAUGAUGAGGCCAGAGGGGCUAUGGACCCAGGAUUCCCCAAACAUCUUGAUCAGACCUUCUCUGGACUGACCAACAGGGUGACUGCAGCUUUCCAAUACAGAGGUUUUACUUACAUCUACAGUGGACCCUACAUGUUUGAGUACGACCUGAGGACUGGGAGGUUGUACCGUGUGUUGAGGAACAGCUACUUCUUACGCUGCACUAACUUCUAGACCAUCUCUGUGGAUUCAUGGCAGCUGAUGUAGAAUAAGAAUGAAUGUAUUAUUCACAGUAUUAAAAGGGUACAUUUAUAUUAAUAUUUCUAAUAUUCUAAAUAUUAUGUGUUUAAUAUAUAAUUCUAUCAAAUUACCUUAGAGCUGUAAAUUUAUGAAGAUUGUUGUAGUUAAUAUGAAGUCCAAUCAUGCAUUGUUUCCAGAGAUGACUCUUUUUGUAGUCUGGAAAAAACAGACGUGAUGUUAAACCUGCUGUGUGCAUGUUAAGAUAACUCACUGAUGUUUAUUCUCAUAAUAAUGAAAACAAUGCUAGCCACAAUGAAAGUUAGUAUUGAACUAAGUCCCUACCCUUACACAGCUGUGCAUGUUGUCUUAUACUGACUGUGGCACAAAGGCUUCAAUAGCUACAACUGUAAAUUCUUGAAAUUAAAAACUAACUCAGCAAUGGUA